AUUUGAUACAGGUAAUUUGAGGCGAUGUAGUAUUAAACAACAUUUAAUUAAGCCUUCCUAAUUCUCUGUUUGGGUAUUUUUUGUAGCUAACUGCCAAACCACCACAAAUUUCAAGUUUCCAUUUUUAACUCUUCAACUUCAACACAACAAAUUUAUUUGCCUUUUUUUUUCCAAUGCUUAAUUGUGCAUAACCACUUGCUGCUAUAUCUUCUUAGGCGGUUUCAUUCCGAGGUUUGACUGCUAUUUUUCAGUAAAAUGCCCCAAAUUGGACUUGUUUCUGCUGUCAACUUGAGAGUCCAAGGUAAUUCAGCUUAUCUUUGGAGCUCGAGGUCUUCUUUGGGAACUGAUAGUCAAGAUGGUUGCUCGCAAAGGAAUUCGUUAUGUUUUGGUGGUAGUGACUCAAUGAGUCAUAGGUUAAAGAUUCGUAAUCCCCAUUCCAUAACGAGAAGAUUGGCUAAGGAUUUCCGGCCUUUAAAGGUUGUUUGCAUUGAUUAUCCAAGGCCAGAGCUAGACAAUACAGUUAACUAUUUGGAGGCUGCAUUCUUAUCAUCAUCAUUCCGAUCUUCUCCGCGCCCAACCAAACCACUGGAGAUUGUUAUUGCUGGUGCAGGUUUGGGUGGUUUGUCUACAGCAAAAUAUUUGGCAGAUGCUGGUCACAAACCAAUACUGCUGGAGGCAAGGGAUGUUCUAGGUGGAAAGGUAGCUGCAUGGAAAGAUGAUGAUGGAGAUUGGUAUGAGACUGGUUUGCACAUAUUCUUUGGGGCUUACCCAAAUAUGCAGAACCUAUUUGGAGAAUUAGGGAUAAAUGAUCGAUUGCAAUGGAAGGAACAUUCGAUGAUAUUUGCAAUGCCAAACAAGCCAGGAGAAUUCAGCCGCUUUGAUUUCCCCGAAGCUUUACCUGCUCCUUUAAAUGGAAUUUUGGCAAUCCUAAAGAACAAUGAAAUGCUUACAUGGCCAGAAAAAGUCAAAUUUGCAAUUGGACUCUUGCCAGCAAUGCUUGGUGGGCAAUCUUAUGUUGAAGCUCAAGACGGGAUAAGUGUUAAGGACUGGAUGAGAAAACAAGGUGUGCCGGAUAGGGUGACGGAUGAGGUGUUCAUCGCCAUGUCAAAGGCACUUAACUUCAUAAAUCCUGAUGAGCUUUCGAUGCAGUGCAUCUUGAUCGCGUUGAACAGAUUUCUUCAGGAGAAACAUGGUUCAAAAAUGGCCUUUUUAGAUGGUAAUCCUCCUGAGAGACUUUGCAUGCCGAUUGUUGAACAUAUCGAGUCAAAAGGUGGACAAGUCAGACUGAACUCACGAAUAAAAAAGAUUGAGCUGAAUGAGGAUGGAAGUGUCAAGUGUUUUAUACUGAACGAUGGUAGUACAAUUGAGGGAGAUGCUUUUGUGUUUGCGACUCCAGUGGAUAUUUUCAAGCUUCUUUUGCCUGAAGACUGGAAAGAGAUUCCAUAUUUCCAAAAGUUGGAGAAGUUAGUUGGAGUACCUGUGAUAAAUGUCCAUAUAUGGUUUGACAGAAAACUGAAGAACACAUCUGAUAAUUUGCUCUUCAGCAGAAGCCCACUGCUCAGUGUGUAUGCUGACAUGUCCGUCACAUGUAAGGAAUAUUACGACCCCAACAAGUCCAUGUUGGAAUUGGUCUUUGCGCCUGCAGAAGAGUGGGUAUCUCGCAGUGACUCUGAAAUUAUUGAUGCUACAAUGAAGGAACUAGCAAAGCUAUUUCCUGAUGAAAUUUCGGCGGAUCAGAGCAAAGCAAAAAUAUUGAAGUAUCAUGUUGUCAAAACUCCAAGGUCUGUAUAUAAAACUGUGCCAGGUUGUGAACCCUGUCGGCCCUUGCAAAGAUCCCCUGUAGAGGGGUUUUAUUUAGCUGGUGACUACACGAAACAGAAAUACUUGGCUUCAAUGGAAGGUGCUGUCUUAUCAGGAAAGCUUUGUGCACAAGCUAUUGUACAGGAUUACGAGUUACUUGUUGGCCGGAGCCAGAGGAAGUUGGCAGAAACAAGUGUAGUUUAGCCUAGUGGAGCUAUUGUGUUGCUGAAUUGGAGGUGUACAAAACAUAUACAUGAACAGUACAAGAGUGAACCAAGUGGGAGAAAUGUUACCUAAUUCAGGGGACAAGCUCCUAUACAAAAAGGAUGACUUGUUGAAGAUUAGCAUUCUUUAAUCACAAGUUUAAUAUAUAUGCAUCACCUUCUUUUCUUCUUCUA